CAAUUCCUCUGCCGCCAUUUGAAGCCACGCCGUCUCUCAGCCCCUCCCACUUCCGCCCUCUCCACCAAUCCUCGUCUUCCAUUUCUCAGUCUCUUCCCGUCUUUCCCCGCCACUUCCGAUGCGCGACAGUGCUUCCGGUGUCUCGCGACGCGCUACCCCUCUUAACUCGUUGGUGCUGCGCCGCUCUCACCGCUCGCGGUCCUCCCGACUCUUUUUCCUUCCACUUCCGUUUCAUCCCUACCACUUCCGGCUCCGCUCUGCCCGCCUUCUCGUUGGUGCCGCCUCAGCCCCGCGGCCGCUCUAUCCGCGCGGUCCUCCCCGCCAUGCUGCUGACGGUGAAGGCGCUGCAGGGCCGCGAAUGCAGCCUCCAGGUGUCCCCGCAGGACCUGGUGUGGUCGCUGAAGCAGCAAUUAGCGGAACGGCUCAGCGUUCCUCCAGCCCAGCAGCGCCUGCUGUACCGCGGCAAAGCACUGGCAGAUGACCGCCGCCUGUGCGAUUACGCCAUCGGCCCCUCGGCACGCCUCAACCUCGUGCUCAAGGGGGCGGGGCCUGGGCUAAGCCCCGCCCCUUCUCCAUCAGGCCACGCCCCGUCGCCUCCAGGCCACGCCCCUUCGGCGCCAGGCCACGCCUCCGAGCGCUGGUGGGCGGAGUUGGGGGCGGAGCUUGGGAGGCGCUUCGGGGCGGGGCCUGGGGGGCGGGUCCUGCAGCACCUGCGGCAGGUA